GUCUGAAUGGUCCGGAUCUGGAUGGAUGUGUAAUUGUUAAAUCCUUAUCAGUUGUUAAUUUAUUUUUGUUUAUCUUGUUAUUGUUAAUAUAUUAUCUUGUAUAUCAGAUUAUUUUCAUGAUUAUCACUGUUAUUUUAAUCCCCCCUUUCAAAAUGCAAACGCAAGCAUCGUCUUCGAAGAAUGAGAAUUUCCAAAGGCAAGGCUCAAUGAGGAAAAUUAUACCUGCUGAUCCGAAUAAAGAAAACUUAUUCGAUCGACAAAAUGAGCAUGUUGAAAAUUUGUACAAAGUUUAUCGGCAAGAAUAUACCAUUUUAGCUGAAUAUAAAAUGAUUCAAAGCGAAAAUAUACGAGGUGUAUAUGUAAUUCCGUCCAGAGAAAAUUCUUUGAUGUGGUUUGGAAUAAUAUUUGUUAGAAGUGGUUACUUUGAAGGUGGAGUAUUUCGAUUCACCAUAUUUCUUGAUGAAACUUUUCCUGAUGCCAGUCACCCUAGAGUAAUAUUUCAUUCAGAAAUGUACCACCCCGUAGUAGAUCCUCAGACUAAAGAAUUAUAUUUGUUGGGAGCAUUUCCGAAGUGGGAUAAGUCUGAACAGCAUCUGUGGCAAGUUUUGAAAUAUCUACAAUGGAUUUUUUAUAAAAUUGAACACAGUCUAGAUCAUGCUAUAAAUAUGGAAGCUGCCAAAAUGUUCAAAAAUGACCAAGAAGCCUUCAAAUCAAAAGCUCAAGAAUUAGUGAAACUAAGUAAUGACCAUUUAUACGAUGACCCACCAACAGAAGACAAACAUUACAUCUGCUUUGAGCCUUAUGUUACAGAUGUACAUGACAGAGUGAGAGCCACAAUGAUCAGUACCCAAGAAGAACAAAUCUCAAAAAUGGGACUCUCCUGGGUACUUCCCGGAAACCAUAAGUCACUGACCCGACCCCCCACUCCUCCAUCAGAGGAUGAAUCAUGACAGAAGAUACUAGUAACUUUUAGUACAGGAAUUUUAAUACUUUUUUUAGUGAGUCAAAAACUUAUUUUCAUCAAGUAUUCGUCAAUUCCAUCACAUAUUCAUAUUUUUUAAACAUCUGCGAUAUCCAGAAAGUCCUUCCUUGUGACACAUUCGUAAGUAUCUAUUUGAUGUCGUUAAUUGCUGAAUUUAUAUAUUCCCUAGCCUGAAUGUCUCGCCAAGAAGUUUUCUUACAAAUAUCUUCAGAUUCAACAAAGUAUUUAUUACUAAACUCUAUUCAGUCGGAAUCAUUCAACAUUAAAGUAUAAUAAUGAUCUGAAUCAGAAUUGGAACGCGAAUGGAACAAUACUGAAAAUGACUAUUCAAAUCGGAGCUGAGUUGAGUUCAUAACAUAGGGCUAAAAAACAAAAUAAAAAUACCAAAAGAAUUGUAGUUGAGUACAAGGACAAGUACUCACUUAGAAAAAGAACUAGGGCUCUUUUCAUUUCAAAUGCUGCAAAUAGGUAUUUAAUGAGUGGGUAAUGUAGAAACCAUACUCACAAAAUAACGAACUGGAUAAAUGCAUACAGAAAUGAAUAUGGCUAGAUUUUGGAAAAAUAAUUACAAUUACAAGUACAAAAACGCCCGAUAGAAAAAAUAUACUAAACAUUUCAUUUGCUACUGCUUCAAUGUCUGAAAUUAGAAAACUUUCAGUUUCACAGUUGUUAUUGUUAAUUGAAAUUACUCGUUGAAGAUAAUGUUCCACAAUACCCAGACUCGCUUAAGGGGAGUAUUUUCAAAGUAUGGGCUAGGGCGUGAGAUUACUAAUCCAGUCCUGGAAGAAUGGAUUGGUGCCAAUACAGAAUCAGAUUGUUUUAAUUAUGGACAUUUAAUGUCUUCUUUCUUUCACUGAGGCUCCAUUUCAGAGCAAAAGUGUCAUUAUUCGAAUUUGGUGGGUGUAUCAACAUUUUUUUGGCUUCACCAUCGCUGAUACUUCAACCAAAUACUGUCGAAGUUUUGUAAAAGUCUGUGCACAUUCAGUAUUUUAAGAAACUAACACUUCUUAUGUUGAUAAUACAUAUUCAAGUAGGGGUCUAUCUGUAUUUAUUAGAUGAAAAUAUUUUGCAACAAGUUUUUAUUGUUAAAUUUUUUUAAUUGACUUUAAAAUAUUGGGUGACUUUUUAUUCUUGUUUUUAAAGUGAUAAGAAUAUAGCUAACAACUGAUUUGAAUAUUUGUGUUGGAAAAAAUAUUUUAAUGAUACUUUUUGUGUGCCCAUUGGGGCCAUGGAAUCGAUAAAUUCGAAUCCGUUUCUUUUUUUGUGAUUGUACAUUCAAGUAAAGGAUAAUCCAGCUCAACUUUCCGGGUAAGGCUGCUGUAGAGAGUCGCACUAAGGAACGGCCGAUUUUUGUAAAAAUAUGUUGCUGGGUAUAGGAAAAUUUUUUAGGUAUAGUGUAGACGAAUUAGCAGUUUCUUCAGCCCUAUCAGUACUUGACAUUUUACAAAUUUUAAACGUUAAAAUACCGUAUAUGUACACACCACAGGCUUUAAAACGUUUAUCACCACUCCGACCCUGUAGCGAUAUACCUGAACGAAUUCCGCCAGCCGAUUGCAGUUAAAUGUGAUUGGCCAGCGCAAGGAGGCUUGUUUAUUUUACCCAAUAGAUGCCAAUGUGCGUGGUAAUCACGCAUCUAUCAUUGUUUGGGUUACUUUGAUUGUUGUAUGGAUAUAGUUUAAAUCAUUUUAGCAAGUGGUCAUUGAGGGUUUCCUGCAGAUGAUUUGUGUGUUGUUGAGAUAAAGGCACUUUUGAAGCACUCAUUACAUCGUUGUACUUUUUGAGGACAUAUUCUGACAAGAGCAUCAGCAAACACUGGGAUCACGGACAAAGUAUGAUGAGCUGUUUCCUCGGGUUUUGGUCCUUGUUCUGUGUGUUUUUUCCUCAUAAGGAUUAUUCUCACAACGUUUCGGCAAAGUCUCAUUUGCUAUCUUCUAGUGAUGUCUGGAGUUUUUCAACUAGACUAAUUCAUUCGAUUUUCUUUCUUGGUUUCUUUGGAAGUUCCCAUUUUUUUUGUUUGAAAUGAUUUUGAAGUGGAAAGCCAAAACGUUUUCUUCAGAAAAAACUCAAUCUGUUCGAAAAUUAUUCACUUUUUUAAUCUUGUUUUUUCGAAAUUAAAGUGGCAUUGAAUUGUAAUGGGUUAACUCCUAUGACCUAUAAUGUCUUUUGGACGUAGUUGAAAUAAUUACUUGGUUAUUGUCCCAAAUCCUGAUUCAUUAUCAGCUAAUGUGAGAUGUACAAAAGACCUUGUAGGUUGUCAUAUGACGUUAGGUGCAGAAUAUUCACAGACAUUUCUUUUAAUGUACCUUAGUUCCAUUAUUCAAAGUUUAUUUCAUAAUUUUCUCUUGUAUUUUGAUCAAAAUGAUUUUCUAAACUGAAAAUUCCUAUUCUACUAAAGUAAAAUUGUUUACAUAUAAAGCCACGACAUGACAAAUAUGAAAUUGCACAAGGAACUUGAUGUUCUAUUUUAAGUAUAUGCAAUAUUAUAACUCACCAGUACUAGUCUUGCGUGUAUCAAACCCAGAUUCUUUCAAAUAUAUUUUCUUCAGAGUUUUGAAGAAUGAUCUAUUGAAAUGUAAAAAAUAUAUUUUGUCUCAUUGGAGUGCAAGGUGAAUUAUUUGAAUAUAUUCAUUGGUUUGUUCUCAAUUUUUUGAAAAAUAAAAAAUUUUUAUUAGAUUUGCCAAACGCAUCCAAUUAGACAUUGCAAUAAUUGUAGAGCUUUAUUCUUCGACUUAUUCAUAUUUGAAAUAUUUACAUUAGCACUUUAUAUUUACAAAUACAACUAACAUUUACAUUUUU